CGGAUCUUGGUGGAUUAACGAUUCUCACCCCUGGCCUAAGGAGCAAGAGUCGACCCACGUAGAUGUCUACCGCUGGACCGCUGGCAGAAUGCUAAUUUUACUGACCGCUGGAGUUUCUCGAUUGAGCAGCUAGCCGACUGCCCACUCCUUGGCCACAGAGAAGGACAGCGUGUGUUGCGCACUAGGCCCUCGUAUCCCAUCGUGGAUGGGCCCCGGUCGUGUUCUGCGCCGGGUGAGGCGAGUUCCACUUCGCGCAACCAACCUGAAAAAGAAGGCUGCGGGAAACAAAAAUGUGGAAAUGUGCGGGAUUGUGUAGUGCAGGGUAGGAUCCUUUUUGGGUCAAAGAAGCCCCCUAAUUGUAAGACUAACGAGGAUAAAGCGCGAGGUGAUAAAUAACAAGCACGCCUCCCCGGGAAUUUGGAUCGUCUGUUGCUCGGCAUGAUCGCCUGUACUUCGCAAUUCUCCAAGGCCGUCUAGUUACACCCGACGACGACGAUCAUCAUGAGGCUUUCCAUUGCUCUGUGCGCGUCCGUCGUGACCGCCGCCUCCGUUCCGGCCAUUGAGUCGCGUGAGGACGGAAUUCCGCUUGCCGAGUUUGGCCAGGUGAACUCAGUGUCUCCCGAGGAGGCCGCAGCCGGUGUCGAUAUCGGCUUUACCCUCAGCCAGCGCGGCGCCCAAGAAGGUUACCCUCUGUCGACAUUCGGUGAAGUUCACCAUGUCGAACCCCAAGAGGCUAAAGAACACAAGGAUCUAGGCGGCAACAACUUCAGUGUCCUGCCCAUCUUUGGACCUGGACACGAGUCUAACUUGGAUUCGUGGUUGGACAAGAUGGAUCACGGACAUGGACACCACCACGGACUUGAAGAGAUCGAGGACAGACUGAGGCACAAGGCUGGAGAGGCCAUUACGAAGGUUGAGGAUGUCCUUGACCAUUUCCUUGACAUCAGAGACGCCAGCGAACUCGAGCCACGAGACACUGGUGACUGCCCAAACCCGGCAGUCCGUAUCGAGUGGGAUGACUACUCGAAUUCAGACAGGCUAGCCUUCGUUAAUGCCAUCAAGUGCUUGACUACCCGACCUGCCUCCGGCAGGGUGUCGUUCUCCAGGAACCGUUACGAAGAUUUGGUUCGCAUUCACCAAAGCUAUGCGCCCAACAUUCACAGCCGAAGCACCAGCCAGCAGACACACAAGUUCCUCUUAUGGCACCGCUAUUUCGUGUGGGCCUUUGAGCAGAUGCUCCGCGAUGAGUGUGGCUUCAACAGGGCCAUGCCUUGGUGGGAUGAGAAGAAGUGGGCUGGCCGGUUCCACGAGGCGACCAUUUUCCGACCCGAAUACUUCGGCAGUCUACCCGGCCCAACCAACGGCCGUGGUACAUGCAUUCCGGAUGGACCUUUCCGCAACCUCCAGUCCAACUUGGGCCCCGGUCAAACUGUCAACAACCCUCACUGUGUCCAGCGUGCCGUGAACGAAGGAGUCACAUCCCAGACUGGCGUCAACUCGUACAACACUUGCUUGGCCCGUUCAUCCUACCCUGACUUCCACAGUUGCGUGGAGUUCACUUACCACGCUCAGGGCCACAACGGCGUCGGCGCCACCAUGGCCGAUGCUAUCGCCUCUCCUGGCGACCCGGCCUUCUUCAUGCAUCACUUGUACAUCGAUUACACUUUCCGCAAGUGGCAGCUCGGUGCCCUCUCGCGCCGCAACACCAUUAGCGGUUGCGCUACCAACGACGGCUGCCAGCCCCUGACCCUCGACACCAUGAUCUACAUGGGAGGUAUUUGUGGCUCCAAGUGCCGGGACACCCCCGUCCGCGACGUCCUGCGCACCAAGCAGGGUCUGUUCUGCUACAUGUAUAGCUACUAGAUGCUUGGGCUGGGAUAGCCACCAAUAGCGUGGUUAUAUAAUUUCUUAGAAAAUAUUGGCGAGCACGUAUAUAGCAGAGGGCCAUUAGAGAGCUCGCGCCCAACACCGGCAACUGCCGCGAUUUAUUGGUUAUAUUUAAUUAUAAUGAUACCAUUUAUUCCAA